AUGUCUCAAGGUACUCUUUACAUCCAGCCCACCGGCAGAGGUUUGUUUGCCAAGUGCGUUGCCAAGUUCCUGGAACUGGACGUCGAUAUUGUCGAUGUCACCAACGAUCUUGAGACUUAUAAGAAAGAGUUCCCAUUGGGUUUGGUCCCUGGGUUUAAGGGUCCAGAGGGUUUCCAAUUGACAGAGGUCAUCGCCAUAGUCUACUACUUUAUCGAAUUGAAAGGUGAUGAGAAGAUUGCUGCCACUUUGCUAGGUUCCAACCUCGAGGAAAAAGCUCAGAUCUUGAGAACUAUGUCCUCCGUCAAUUCUGACUUAAUCGGGGCUUUCAGUCCAUACCUCAAGAUGCUCUUGGGUAGGGGGUUGCCAUACAACAAAAAGAGUGUAGACGAUCACAAGCACACCAUGGAAAAGAUUUUUGGUCUUCUCAACAAAAGACUUGAGGAAUACACUUACUUGGCCACCGAAGAAGUGUCCGUCGCCGACUUGUACUUCAACAAUUUUUACGCUUUUACUGCAACUGUCGUGUUUGGUGAAGAUUUCAGAUCUCAAUACCCAGCUAUUGCCAGAUGGUACAAGACUGUUUCGAACCACCCAGUUCUUAAAGGCGUGAACGAUUCUUCCAAGUUCUUGAAGCAAUCCGUGGUCUACCAGGCACCAAAGAAGGAGUCCAAGAAGGCUGACAAGCCCAAGGCUGCCGAAAAGCCAAAGGCUGCUGAGAAGCCAAAGGUUGAAGAGCAACCUGCCGAGCCAAAAAAGCCAAAACACCCUCUAGAGCUUCUAGGCAAGUCCACUUUCAGCUUGGACGACUGGAAGCGUAAAUACUCUAACGAGGACACCAGACCCGUGGCUUUGCCUUGGUUCUGGGAAAACUACAACUCCGAAGAGUACUCUCUAUGGAAGGUCGACUUCAAGUACAACGACGAGUUGACUUUGACCUUCAUGUCCAACAACCUGGUUGGUGGUUUCUUCAACAGACUAAGUGGCUCUGUCAAGUACAUGUUCGGUUGUCUCGUUGUUUACGGUGAAAACAACAACAACGGUAUCACCGGUGCUGUUCUGGUCAGAGGCCAGGACUUUGCCCCUGCCUUUGAUGUCGCUCCAGACUGGGAAUCUUACUCCUACACCAAGCUAGAUGCCUCCAACGAGGAAAGCAAGGAGUUCAUCAACAACAUGUGGGCUUGGGACAAGCCUGUUGUCGUUGACGGUCAAGAAAGAGAGAUUGUUGACGGUAAGGUGUUGAAAUAA